CCGAAUCUCCCAUUGAAAAGCUUUGCAGGUUCAGCAAGGAAGGAGAGCGAAACGGGCGAGAAGGCGAGAGUGUUGUGUGAAAGGAGUGGGACUUUGGGGCGAGACAAAAGAGGCUGCGGCUGCGCUGAGUGUCGUGUCGUGUCCGCCUCGGGAGGUAGAUAACUAGCUAGCCACCUCUUCUUCUUCUUCUUUUUCUUUUUUUUCCUCUUCUUUUUUUGACGGCGAAAUACGGCGCGGUGUGGAGCCGGUGAGACCCGAGCGCCGGUCGUUCCCUUGUUCGAGGUGCGACGCGAGGAAGACUCGAGCCCGAGCGCGCGCAUCUUGUGGCCAGAUUGUGUUCCUUUUCUGCGGGUCGACGGUAAACAGAACAAAGGGAGUCUCGAGCGAGGAAGGAGCGAGCCGAGGCUAGCUCGAGCCCCUGCCUACCAUUGCCGCCACUGAAACAAGGCCAAAUGUACUUGUGAGAGCCACAAUAGGUUCAAAACUCCGCCGGUCGCACAACAGCCUUAAAUACUACUACUACUACUAAUAAUAAUAAUAACGCUGGAAGAAGACCGCUGAAUCGCAACAAACCGGCAUCCAACAAUGUUUCCCCAGAAUCGACCUUCGGCACCCCUUCAGCCACCCCCUGGGUCCUCGGCGGCGGCGGCGGCGGCGGCUGCAGCCGCGGCCGCAGCAGCGACAGGCACGGCCCAGUCUCUGAAGCUCACCUACCCCGAGACCCUGGACCGCAUCAAGGAGGAGUUUCAGUUCCUGCAGACCCAGUACCACAGCCUAAAGCUGGAGUGUGAAAAACUGGCCACAGAGAAGACAGAAAUCCAGAGGCACUACGUGAUGUACUAUGAAAUGUCCUAUGGCCUCAACAUCGAGAUGCACAAACAGACAGAGAUUGCUAAGCGGCUGAAUGUGAUCUGUGCCCAGCUCAUCCCAUUCCUCUCACAGGAGCACCAGCAGCAGGUGGUCCAGGCUAUGGAACGCGCCAAACAGGUGACUAUGGGGGAGUUGAAUGCAUCGAUAGGGGUACGUGGACUCCCCCCUCUGCCACCCACACAACAGCUCCAGGCACAGCACCUCGCCCAGCAUGCCGCGCAGGGUCUGCCCAUGGGCCCACACCCGUCGGGCCUGCCCCACCCGGGCUUGGCCCUGGGUGGGAGUUCGGGUCUCCUGGCUCUCUCCGGGGCGCUAGGGGCCCAGCUGGCCGCCAAGGACGAGAGGGCCCACCUGGAAGCUGUUGCAGCAGCGGCCGCCGCCGCUGACCACCACCGAGACCGUGAGGCCGGACCAAGCUCCUUAUCAAAUGGAGACAAGGGCAGGUCCUCCGACUACCUCAGCAAUGGCAAAAAAAGAAAAGCAGAUGAGAAGGAGUUCACAGACUAUGGCAGCGAUGCAGACAAGAGCGACGACAACUUGGUGGUGGAUGAGGACCCCUCGUCUCCGCGGAGCGUGCACUCCUACUCGUCCAGGGAGAACGGCCUGGACAAGCUCCCGCCUUCUCGCAAGGAGCCCCUGCCCCAGGCGAGCCCCACCUCCCUGGCCUCCUCCAGCAGCACGGCCUCCCCCUCCCGCAGCAAAGAGCCCCCUUCGAGAGAGAAGUCCAGCACUCCAGUCCUGAAGCCAGGCACCCCCAUGUCCCAAGACUCCUCUACGCCAGGCCCCAGCGGACCACCCCAGUUCCGCCCCGUCCCAGGCAAACCCGGAGUAGACCCCCUCGCUCUGGGUCUGAGGAACCCACUGGCGGUGCAGGGCACAUACCCGCCCGGGCCGUUUAGCCUGCCGCCACCGGGGGUUAACGGCGAGCUGGCGGGCGCUGCAGGUUACGGUGCCGCCAGCCUGCACCUCGUCUCCCAGCAGAUGAACGGCUCAGCCGCCGCCGCGGCAGGAUACGGACGCUCACCGGUGGUGGGUUAUGAGUCACCCCACCCCCACAUGAGGGUCCCUGGAUUGCCUGCCAGCCUCCAGGCAGCCGCCUCAGGAAAGCCGGCCUACUCGUUCCACGUGAGUGCGGAUGGGCAGAUGCAGCCGGUGCCCUUCCCCCCCGAUGCCCUCCUGGGCCCUGGCAUCCCGCGCCACGCCCGCCAGAUCCACACCCUCAGCCACGGGGAGGUGGUGUGCGCCGUCACCAUCAGCACCUCCACACGGCACGUCUACACCGGGGGCAAAGGAUGCGUCAAAGUCUGGGACAUCAGCCAGCCGGGCAGCAAGAGUCCCAUGGCCCAACUCGACUGCCUGAACAGGGACAACUAUAUACGCUCAUGCAAGCUCCUUCCGGAUGGGCGGACCUUGAUAGUGGGAGGUGAAGCCAGCACUCUGUCCAUCUGGGACUUGGCCACACCCACCCCCCGCAUUAAGGCGGAGCUGACGUCCUCUGCUCCAGCAUGUUACGCGCUGGCCAUCAGUCCAGACAACAAGGUCUGCUUCUCCUGCUGCAGUGACGGCAACAUCGUCGUCUGGGACCUGCACAACCAGACGCUCGUCAGGCAGUUUCAGGGCCACACAGACGGAGCCAGCUGUAUCGACAUCUCCAACGACGGCACCAAGCUCUGGACGGGGGGACUGGACAACACGGUGCGCUGCUGGGACCUGAGAGAGGGCAGACAGCUCCAGCAACACGACUUCACCUCCCAGAUCUUCUCCCUGGGCUACUGUCCUACGGGAGAGUGGCUUGCCGUGGGCAUGGAGAGCAGUAAUGUUGAAGUGCUGCAUGUCUCCAAACCAGACAAGUACCAGCUGCACCUCCACGAGAGCUGCGUGCUCUCACUCAAGUUUGCCUACUGCGGUAAAUGGUUUGUAAGUACUGGAAAAGAUAAUCUACUGAAUGCAUGGAGAACUCCAUACGGCUCCAGCAUAUUCCAGUCAAAGGAGUCCUCAUCAGUCCUCAGCUGUGAUAUCUCCCCUGAUGACCAGUUCAUUGUAACCGGCUCAGGAGACAAGAAGGCCACUGUGUAUGAAGUCAUCUACUAAAAUGAAAACAAAACGGACGUCCCCUCAGCCAGAGACGUGCUGCGCGGAUGGGAGAGCAGAAAACCCGGCUCUGACUUGGAUUUGGCCGGUGACUUGCGGGACAGAGAGUGUGGGAUGUGGACUUGGAGGAAGCGCGUGCGUUUGCUGGUGGAGCUCCAGAAGUGCACUGACCCUGUUGUUUUUUAAUGCUGUGAGAGAGCUGGUAGUCUAGCUUCAGAGACGUGGGAUCCCUCCAAAGACAUCUCCUUGCCUUUUUUGUUUUUCCCUUUUGUUCUUUUUUUUAAACAAGAUGAAACCUCUGUAGUGAAUGAAAUAGCAAAGAGAAUUUUAUUUUAUUUUAUUUUUAUUUUUUUUAGCCUUGGGGAAGAAAAAAAUUACAUUUCCAGGUGGAAAUGAACAGUGGAGAAGCACCGGUUUGUUUGAGAGGUUGCUGGGCAACGGACGGACUAGGCCGCGGCCCAUAUGUCUCUGCCCUUUUCAUCCAGCCUGUGCCCAGAGUCUCGGGACUGGCCUCAUCUCAGGCGGCAGUGUUGCUGCACGCGCUCAGUGCUGCGAGCCAAUCCCAACAGCUCAGCAACAGUAUGAUGGUAUAAUGACAAGACGGCAGCAACACAGACUAGGCUAAUGAGUCAUGGGUUUUGUAUUUUACGAUUUCAGGGAAAUGGCUGUAUCCACACUCCACAUUAACGUGUUUUCUCAUGUAUACUGUAUGUCUGGUCGCAAUGAAAGGUAUUUUGAUUUUUGCUGGAUACUUGGUAUGUAUGAACUGUAAAUAAAGCUCAUUAAAAGCCAAACGGUUGUUAAAUUGG